AGCUACAUGACUUUCUUUAGAGAAGGUUCAAUCUCUGACUUCUCUAGCUACUUGGCUAGACUUGAUCGCAUUGUUUGUAAUAACAUUAUUUAGCGGCAGUUAGUUAUUUAAGACAACGUUAACCUAUUCAUUUUGACCCAUUAUCUGUCAGUUUGAAUAAAACUAGCAAAUUAUCUCUGAUGACAGUCAGCUAGCUAAGCUAAAGUUAGCUAAAGUUAGCGAGCAACCGCGGUAGGACAGGCAAGAAGGUAGGUUACAAUACAUUUACUUUAGAUACAUUGAAAUAUGAUCAGUUACAGAAUAAAACAAACCAUUCUGGUCUGCAUUGAUUUUGAGGGUAAAAUGACGAGUGUAGACGUGAUUUAUGAAAAGAUUAACUUCAGGCACGAUCCAAAAUGGUCUGUUCGUGUUCGCAUGGGUCACCCGGACCAGGGCGGCUUGAUGAUYUGCGUCGCUUGUGUCAUUGAGAUGAUGGAAAGCAACAACGUUGCGUUUGUGAGAAAGUCUGUGGCGCUGUCAGGGAUCAGUGGGGUCCUGAAGAGCUGUCCUGGGACUCUGAAGGAGCUGCUACUACAGGACCACAGGGUCUGUCUGCAUUUCACAGCAUCUUUACUGGGGAUGCUUCACACAGUAGAGGACCCAGCCACUCUGGAGCAGGCCAUACAGGUGCUGGUUCAGCUGCUCUUGGAGUUACAGAGUGAACAGUAUGUGCGCUACAUCCUGGAUGAGAUACACACACAAUGCCCCUGUUGGAGCGGUUGUGSUCCACGCUGCUCUACCCAGACGAAGGUCUGAAGGCCUCAGUCUUCUACGUGUGGCAGAGGGUGUGGGGGGCGGGGGGAGCGGCCCAGUCCCUGCCCUCCCCCCUCAGAGACAGGGUGUGUGUGCUGCUGAUGCAGACCCUGGCCCACGCCUGCUCCUCUCAGCUCACCAUCAACUGCCUGGGCUUCCUGAAGCAGCUGCUGAAGCUGGGUGAGGUGGUGUCUGUGCUGRUGAACAGCCCCUGUGAGCAGAUCCGGUCUGAUCUGGAUCAGAGCCUGGACCAGGACCAAGAGGCCCAGUCCAGCACCCAGCUCUCCCUGGAGCGCUGCSCACUGCCACUCAUACUCAAAAAGCUGUUGCUGUGUGGGGAUGAGACAUUGCAGGUGGCCAGUGCUCAGUGUAUGACUGCUAUCCUGGUCCACUCCCCCAGCCAGUMCUGUGCUUCCUUCAUCCAGGCAGACGUACCUGAGUUUCUGUUUGAGCGUCUGAACAGUGGCAGUGAGGUGCUGCUGUGGUCCGUCUACAACUGUCUGCUGCUGCUCACUGAGGACCCGCUCUUCUUCUCUCAGUGUCACUCGGUCUACGCUUGCAGGGGUGCGUCUGUUCCCAGCGCUACAGGGUUUGUGGCCGUGGCAGAGGCAGUGCUCUCUGGUCUGCUCCCCUGUCUGCAGGUGGCAACACAGGCUGCCCACGUGCUACCGCCCUCCUCAGGUGAAGCACCAGUCCAGCCCAGUACAGUACAAAGAGCUGGAGAAGCUGGUGGAAGACAUUUUUGCUCGUGCACUGAGCUGCCCUUACCUGCCUCCUCGCGGUGCCGAGUGAGCCUCAGAGGAGCUGAGCCCAGCAGCCAGGCCUCGAGAGCGGGAGGGUUUCUACUCCAGGCCCUGGUCUGUGUCCAUGCCGCCUGCAGGUUAGUGGAGCAGUGUUCGUCUGAGCCUGGCCUGAAGGAGAAUGUGUUCACAGCUCCAUCCAAACAGGUUCAGGGUCAGGACCCGCUGGAGUCCCUGUGUCUGUGUCUGCUACACGGCUGUGACACUGUUUGCAUCCCCACCGUCACAAGGCAUUGUGAGCUCGCCCCCAGCGCCCAGGUGCUCCAGCACUUCUUCUCCAUCCUGUCGUACCAGUUCUCCCUUCUACCCUCCCUCAUGCCCGUCUUCGCUGCCAAACUGGCAUCCUCUGGUUUCUUCAGGCUGGCUCUGGAGCACAAAGCUGUCCUCUGUGCAGGAAACAGAAACCCAGCUCUGAAUGCAGCCUGCUGUGGUUUUCUGCAGAGGCUCAGUGUGUCUCUUCUGUCCCAACCAGACCCUGCAGCCAGCAUCCUCCCACAAGACUGUGAGGAGAUAGAGGCUGUGUUGAGGUCCAGCCUGCCCUCUCUGUGUUGUCGUGUGUGUGAGUGGCCCUCUCUGCUGUGUGACUCCCCAGGGCCCCAAUGUGACCCUGCCGGCCCCAGGGCCACUCAGUACUGUCUGCUCACAUUGCUGCACCUGGCCCUGCAGCAUGGAGACAGGCUGCUCCCUGACUCCACGGUGUUCUCCUGUGUGGUGACUCUGCUGUGCUCGGUGCAGGAGCAGGGAGACUCGGCCCUGCCUCCCUGUGUGCUCAGGUCUGCCCUCUACCUGCUGUCUGUCACACAGGACAAGAGUCCCGACCUGGACUGGGCUCCUCUAAACUGCAUCAGCAAGGCCCUGUCCUCCAGCCCCAGUUUCGCCUCCCUCUACACCCACCACCCUCCACUCCUACACUUCCUCUUCCGCUACCCAGAGCUGGCCGAGCACUUUGGGCCCCAGGUCCUGGAGCUGUGGUUGUCCCACCGUGCUCAGGCCACACCGCAGUCAGACACAAACAGUAAGAAGACAGAGGGCCCGUCAGAGCAGAACCAGGAUCCAGACAACACAGCCCUGCUGACUCUGCUGGAGAAGAGCCCCACUGUCAUACUGAACUUGCUGGGCAUGGUGUGUACCAGGGAGGCUCCCCUGGCAGAACGUGCUGUAGAGGUGCUGGGGAGUUUCCUGCAGGGCCRGYRGGGCUGUAAGGCCGGCCUGUGUACCCUACUCAGACCCACUCUGCUACAGGUGCUCCAGAGACUGGGCCUGGAGAGCAGCCAGGGGACAGGAGCCGUGGGCUCUCUCCCUCUGGUCCUGAGGUUGCUGUGCCUGAUGCAGACCAGUGGCUCCACUGAGAAUGAGAUGGACGGCAUCGACUUCAAACUGCUCUACCACGUGAGUAACCUGGCAGGGAAGCUGCAAGCCUCCAACACAGAGUGUCUGCUGCCAGCCUUCAGCUACCUGUACUGCUGUCUGCGCCUGUCCCCCCCUCACUGCACUGACAGAGCUGUGUCCAUGCUGCUGUGUAACGCCGGGCUGAUGGACCAACUGCAGGCUACGCUGGACCUCUCCUCUUCCCUCGCUCCUACGUCUGCCCUGCUGUGCUGCUCUCGUCUGCUCCUGUCCUCUCUCGUCACCCUGCAGCACACUCAUUCAGCUCAGGUCCAUAGAAGCAUCAGGUUGAACCUGGGCAGCACGGUGCAGGCCCUGGUCYUUGGGAAGAGGAAGACAGGCAGCCUCUUACUGGCUAGAUCCCUGAGGCUGCUGCAGGCUGUUCUAGAUGUUGACCUGGAGUCUCCAGUGCUGUGUGUGAGUGUUGGCCCCAGGGCAGGACAGAGGCCCCUGGGGGACACAGACAGCUCUCUGCACCCGCUGGGAUCCUACGGGGCCCACUGCCUCAUCACCACACUAUGGCCUCCUGCUGCAGAAGCAGGAGCCGUUGCUCAGUGUGUCAGUGAACUGCCUGGGGUCUCUGCUGCAGUUUCUGCAAAGGAGAAGUCCAUCUACAGCCCAGCAUGUGGUGUGUCAUCCCUGGAGUCGCUUCCUGCUCUACUCUCUGCUCAACUCUGGAGAGAGCUGCCUGCUGCACCCAGCUACACUCACACUGGUAAGACUGCACCCAGCCACACUCACACUACUCACACUGGUAAGACUGCACCCAGCCACACUCACACUACUCACACUGGUAAGACUGCACCCAGCCCACACUUCACACUACUCACACUGGUAAGACUGCACCCAGCCACACUCACACUACUCAUACUGCUGUUGCAGUAUGGCAGUAGGGUGGUGGUGUGGGAGCCAGACCUGUGUCAGGUGUUGGAGGCGGUGGAGAAGAGAGGCCUGAACGAGCUGGGAGAGAACACAACACAGGCCCUGAGACAGCUGCUCACACAGCUCCAGUGCAGUAUAUUCCACCCCCCUCCUACAGAGGAGAGCAGACUGAGGGCCAAUACUCUGAUGGAGUCACUUAACUCCCUGCCUCCCACAGCCAACGACAACCUGCCCACCAGCAUUCUGUAUCCUACACUCAUGCGUGUUGGAGAGAUGUAUCUCUGCCUGUCCGACUUCACUGUGAAGACAGACGGACACAUUGGCUCUCAGUUAUAG